AUGACCAAAGCGAAAGACCCCAAGCCGCCACGUCCGAAGCGUGCUGGCCCAGCCACCAAGACCAAUCCCACCACCGGCGCGUUCCAGAUCUCCGACGAGCUCUGGGAGGUGCUGGCGCCGUUGAUCCCCAAGCAUGUGAACACCCAUCGUUUCGGCGGCGGUCGGCCCCGGGUCCCUGACCGCACCUGCGCCAAUGGCAUCUUCUACGUGCUGCGCACUGGCUGCCAGUGGAAGGCGCUGGACGCCACGGGCAUCUGCUCCGGGUCCACCGCCCACCUGCGCUUUCAGGAAUGGGUUGCCGCUGGGGUGUUCCUGGAGCUGUGGCGGGUGGGACUGGAACGCUAUGACGAACUGAAGGGGCUGGACUGGAGUUGGCUGAGUAUGGACGGCGCCAUGACCAAAUCGCCCUUGGGCGGGGGGAAAAACCGGCCCCAACCCCACUGA